ACACAGAGAUUGUUGAUUUGUAGCUUGAAAAUCGAAGAAGAUGAAAAUGACUAGCAGAGCUCUAGUGGCAGUAGGGAUCUUUGGACUCAUAUUUGUGAGCCUCACGGGGCAGUCCUAUGGGGCACUGGAGGUAGGGUUCUACAAGAGAAAAUGCUUUGUUGAUGUUGAAAGAGUAGUAGCUGCUGUAGUCAGGGAAAAGUUCUUCAGGGACCCGACAAUUGUUGCUGCCCUCGUUCGCAUGCAGUUCCACGAUUGCUUUGUGAAUGGAUGUGAUGCAUCCAUUCUACUAGAUGGAAUCUCUAGUGAGAAAACAGCUGGUCCAAAUCUCAGUGUUCGGGGUUAUGACGUUAUAGAUGCUGUAAAAACUGCUGUCGAAUUUGUAUGCCGAGGAAAGGUCUCCUGUGCUGAUAUCAUUGUAAUGGCUACCAGAGAAGCUGUAUAUCUGAGUGGAGGAGGGCGAUACGAUGUUCAAACUGGGAGAAGAGAUGGCAAUGUAUCUCUUGCAACAAAUGUUCGUCUCCCAUCUCCAUCAAUUUCAGUAAAUCAAUCUGUUGAAGCAUUCAAGAGUAAAAACCUCGAUGUCACUGACAUGGUUUAUCUUCUCGGCGGUCACACAAUUGGGGUGGCACAUUGUUCUCUCUUCCAAGACCGUCUUUACAAUUUCCAAAGCACCGGCAGACCUGACCCGAGCAUGGAUUCAUCGUUGCUGCAAAAGCUGAGAUCUAUCUGCCCUCAAAAUUCAGAGAGCAGUAGAACUGCUAAUCUUGACCAGAACGUAACAAGUGCAUUCACUGUUGACAACUCAUUCUACAAGCAAAUACUAGCCGGGAAAGGAGUUCUUCAGAUCGACCAAGAGCUAGCUUUCGACCCCAAAACUAAGCCCGCAGUGACAACAAUCGCCAGUAGUUCGAGCUUCUCCGAGAAAUUUGGUCAGGCCAUGGUUAAGUUGGGAGCAGUUGGAGUACUUACAGGCACGGAAGGGGAGAUCAGGCAAUCAUGCAGAGCAGUUAACACUCGUUGAAAGAGACAUAUCUCUAUAUUCUGUUGGUUUGUUUUAUUCAAUUAUAACUUUGUAAGUUUCUGUUUGUCUUCAUGUUUCUCUUGUAUUCUUUUUCCCUUCCA